UUUUCAUCUGCAAAUGUUGUUGUCGGGUUGAGUUUCAACUGAGCACUCAUCUCAGAUGUCUACUUAAUAUAUAUGAUUAGGUGACUGCUGUGUUGCAUAUUAGUGACUCUCAUGUCCGAGAUGAUUUGAUUGUUAUUGUUUGCCAAGUAUACUAGACCAGAGUUCUUGCCGAAAUGGAGUCUUACCUAAAACUCACUAACCAAAGCCAAGGAAAAGAUCGCAUUUUCAGGGCAACACAGUAUGCUUGCGCUUUGACUAGGCAUCUCCUUCAAGACGAGCCGUUAAGCAAAGAAUUAUUGCAAAAGCUGAAAAGCCUGGAAUCUAACUUGAGUUCUGGACGGAAACUUUUAAGACUUGGGAACACUUUGAACUCUAUCGAUGCAGCCAAGAAAAAUCUGCAACUGUCUGAUCCAGUUCUACGCUUUUGUCUCACUGUAGCCAACAUCAACCGUGCAUUCUAUUUCAUCUGUGACAAUGUACUUUGGGCUAGAAACAUUGGCCUUAUCCACAAUAUUAACAAGGAAAACUGGAGCUUGAAUGCCACACGUUUCUAUUUUUUGUCAUUAAUCAUGAAUCUUACUCGCGAUGCUUAUGUGAUAGCCCAGAUUAUGGUGCAGAGGUCUCGGGAUAGGCAGUGCCAGCAAAAGCUCAAUCAACAUCUCAGUGAAAGCCCAGAUGUGGCCCAGGUCAUUAUACCCCAACUUGAUGCCUUUCUGUUCCUUCUUAUUGAGAGCCUCAAAAGCCACCCCUCUGUGGCUCUUGAUACACUGAAGAAUGUGUGUGAUCUUUUCAUUCCACUGGACAGGUUAGGGAUAUAUCACACUAACGCAGGGGUAGCGAACUUCUGUGGCCUUGUAUCUUCUCUCCUGGGAAUACUGUCAGUCCUGAAACCCAACUUCAAAAUCAAGCCAUGAAUUAGUGAGCUGUGUGUGUCUGUAGUGGGACACAUAAAUGACGGUUUACAGUCUAACACUGGGAAAAAUUACCUCACAGACUAGUUACAGCUAUUCAUUAAGCUAUAUUAAGAGUCUUUAAUCUUUAAAUUUAGAGUUUAAGAGGCCACAGGCAUUGUUCCUGUGAGCAGUACUAUUUGAAAAGGGAUAGUCUGAGGUAUGUGAGUAGUCACUUUAAAAUAAUGGAGUAAAUAAGAGAUGGAAACACUUAGAUAUAUCAGGCAGGUGCCUGUUAGAGAGUGCCUUUCUUUUAGAAUUAGUAUUUAAUAAUUAGAGAUUAUAGCUCAUGAAAAUGUAAUAAUGUGUCAGUCCACAAGCUUAGACUUGGCAAAAUGACCAAGAACACACAAUAUGAUGUGUACACAUUUCAUAGUGACAUUUAGGGUGCCUGAAGAUUUCUAUUGUUAAAUAUUUAUUAGUGUAACAGUAGUAAUCAUGCAGUUUUUUAUGCACCUUCUUUAUAAUUUUGUACUCAUUAAAACAAGAUUUGAACAUAAGGAAUCUGAUCUGCUCUGAGCCAACUGGGAACCCUGAUCUGUAUAUGGACAUUCUCUUUUGUACAACUUUUUAUUUAAAAAACAAAAAAACGGAAAUCUAGCUGUUGUUCUUGAGCUAUACAAUACAUGCAGCAUUAUUGUCCUCUUUUUGAGAAAGGAUUACUGGAAACACCAUAAUAAAGAUCACAUUCUGCCUCUACCUCAUUUUUACAGCUUCUGGGACUUUACUGGUGCAAUUUCUUAUCCGCAAUGGCAAGAAAAUGAGCAGAAAAAUCAGUAUUUAUUCAAAAAUAUUUUAUAACACCAGAAUCCAUUUGUUCACGUGUCAAUGGAGGCCAAAUGGUUAAUAUCCUGUUCAAAACAUUGUUUAUUGUUGGAAUAAUAUUUAUUAUGAAUGGUUUCGUUAUGGCAGUGUACUGUUUUAAUCGGUGAAAGACUAUGCAAAUUAACUGUAAUCUUUAGAUUGU